GAGAGUUCAUUUCAUCCUCACCUUAGCCACUCUCUGGACUCUCCCUUCCACUCGUUUUCAACUUGCUGUCGCCCCCUGUUGUCUCGUUCUUUCUUCCACCCAACUGAGAGCAAAGCUCUCUACCACGCUCAUUUGGAACGGCGAUUACCUGGGGUAUUACUGCGCUUAAGAACCGCCAACCCUACACGCAUCGAGCUCUCUGUCAACUCCCUGUGAUAUCAAGCAACAUCUACACUGGUACUCUAUUAUCGAAGCAACAAUGAGAGGAAUCGCCCAGGUCGCAUUGGCGGCAAGCCUCAUUGUGGGUGUUACUGCUCAACCACAUCAGCACCAGCACCGUCAUCUCCAUGCGAAGAACCACGCGAGAUCGCCCGUCGAGAAGCGUGAAGGCGAUGUGACGGUCACCGCCGUUGUGCCCGGACCAACGGUUGUCGAGUACAAGUUGGGCGACCAGACGAUUGACAGCAAGGAGGCAGAGGAAGGUCUCUCCGACGGCCUCUUCAUUGUCGUGGGCGAGACCACUCCCACCUUUGUCCCCCCGCCGCCACCACCCCCACCUACGACCUCAUCUGCCAGCGUUCCGACCGACGCGGGUGCCCAAUUCUUCGAGAAGAAAAAGUCCUCGAGCGCGCCCGCCCCGGUCGCCACUCCGUCGCCCGCGGCUCCUGCUGUCCCAUCCGGCAUCGAUGCUAAUUUCCCGAGCGGCAAGAUUCCUUGCUCCCACUUCCCAUCCGAUUACGGCGCACUCGCCAUUGACUGGGUCGGCACCCAGGGUUGGACCAGUCUUCAGGUGCCUGAUUCGUAUGUUCCUGGUGUCUCCAUCAAGAACAUCGUUGCUCCCAUUUCCGGAGGCUGCUCCAAGGGAAUGUUCUGCUCGUAUGCAUGCCCUCCGGGCUACCAGAAGACCCAGUGGCCCGAGACCCAGGGUGCCACCGGGCAGUCGGUCGGAGGUCUUUGGUGCAACAGCAACGGCUUCUUGGAGUUGACUCGGCCUUCGCACCCCCGGAUCUGCGAGCAAGGUGUUGGUAACGUCUUCGUCCAGAACAAGAUGUCCGGGUCGGCCGCUGUUUGCCGCACAGACUACCCGGCGAGCGAGAACAUGGUUAUCCCUCUUGACACCAAGCCUGGUGGCCAUUAUGAGUUGACCAAUCCCUCAUCCAACGACUACUAUAUGUGGCAAGGAAAGCCGACGACCGCCCAGUAUUAUGUGAACAGGCUGAACCUCGCCGUCCAGGACGCCUGCACUUGGACCAGCUCGGUUCUCCCAGAUGCUGCAGGAAACUGGGCCCCCACCAACAUCGGGCUCGGCCGGGACGCUUUCGGAGUGACUUGGAUCUCCAUCUUCCCCAACCUCCCAACCAGCCAUGCCACUUUGAAUUUCAACAUCGAGAUCACCGGCGAUGUGAACUCGCAAUGCGCGUUGAAGAAUGGGGUGUACACUGGUGGUGGGAAUGGCUGCACUACCGCCAUCUCCAGUCCAAACGGAACGGCCACAAUCGUUUUCACCAACUAAAGACUGGCAAGAUACAUGGGCGCCACGUCCCCUAUCUCGUGUGCUGGGUUGGAUAGAGCGUUCUACUUCACAGCUUCUUGAUCUUGCUCGUACCGGCUACUG